UUCCCACAUCUGAGCUAGAGAUCUCCAUAGAGGACACAUCGAGUGAUCGCGGAGGCGAGGACGUCGAAAAAACCAAACCCGUAGGCACGAAGCAGUAGAAUGAAGCCCACGAGAGUAUGAGAGAGACGGACACUGGCGUGAAGGGGUCGGGCGAAUGCCGUUGGUUGCAGCACUAUGUUGUACGACCCACGAUCUACGCGAAUUCUGGCACUGCCGGCGCGGCAUCCGAGUCGUCAUUGACGCGCGUGUACGUGGUAUAGAGUUGUUUGGCAGUUCCGUUUACGAAAGAUGUGAUAGAGUCUUUCAGGAUGACGGAGGAAGCGAUGGUCGACAGAGUUGCAUUUUGGCUAGCCAUAUCUAUGCGAGGGACGCCUCGCCGGCCCUGCUACCAGAGCUCAUCGAAGUCAUAGCGCGUCUGCCUCUACAACUUGCCUGUGCUGCUCGCCCAGUGCUGCCGCGCGCGAUGUUAGGCAGCACCGCGACUGUGCACGAAUUUAUGCGCAUGCUCAUUCUCAAGUACAACGGGCGAUUGUGCAGCUGUGCGUUCGGCGAACUCGAGCACGCGGGCGCACACCUUCAUCGUGCGCGUUUCUGGGUGCCGCCUCCCGGCGCUGGAGCACCUCGCAUUCGCGCUGCUCGACUGGGUGACACCCACGAGGGCGCCGCACUCCGCGUUCUUUAAGUACCUCAGAUAUCUACUCCAUCAGCCUGUGCUACCUAUCGGUGCCACUUCCGUCACGCAGACGUUCUCCGCCUUAUCGUGGGCGCCCUGUUAAGUAGUCUCGAGUGGUUUUGUCAUGACACAGUCAUAGCCCAGUCCACGCUGCGGGACCCGG